AUGGGUGUUUGGGAUUUUAAAAUUAAUGUAGGUAAUGUUCCUGUUAGUGGUAUUUCUUAUUUACUUACACCUCCAUUUUCAUUCUAUGAUGGUAUUUCAAGACCUUUCUACUUGCUAUUCUACAUUUCUUUCAAUUUAAUAGCUUCUGCUUUUAUAUCUAAAAAUUGGACUGACAAUCAAUCUGAUUCAUCUGCUAAAGUUUAUCAAAAGUUUAAGGAAAACGGAAUGAUAAUUAAGGGUGUUAGAGAGACUAAUACUUAUAACGUACUUAAUGACAACAUUACUAUUGCUUCUAUUCUAUCUGGUUUAGUUACUGCUUCUGUAAUUAUGUUCUGUGAUAUUACGUCAACGAUUAGUUCUGGUACAAAUAUGUUCUUAGCUGCUUCUAUUAUCAAUCAAUAUGUUAAAAUGGUUAUGGAGGAUUCUUACACUAGUGGUAGGAGUAAGUAG